AAUGUUAUGGACAUUGGCUUAGCGAACGAAAAGGCCGGUCAGGAACUGUCCUCCUAUUCGGGGACUUUUCAACCCGCUCCGGGCAACAAGACUGUCACCUACCUGGGGAAAUUCGCUUUCGACUCGCCCUCCAACUGGUGCCAGGACAACAUCAUCAGCCUGAUGAGCGCGGGAAUCCUGGGGGUACCACCGUCCUCGGGUGCGCUCACCAGCACGCAGAGCUCGGCGGGCAGGGGGCCGCCGCAGGGCGAGGUGGACCAGAUGUACCCCGCACUGCCGCCCUACUCCUCCUGCAGUGACCUCUACCCGGAGCCCGUCUCCUUCCACGACCCCCAGAGCAACCCCGGCCUCACCUACUCCCCCCAGGAUUACCAGGCGGCCAAGCCCGCCUUGGACAGCAACCUCUUCCCCAUGAUCCCAGACUAUAACCUCUACCACCACCCCAACGACAUGGGCACCAUCACGGAGCACAAACCCUUCCAGAGCUUGGACCCCAUCCGUGUCAACCCGCCCCCUAUCACCCCGCUGGAGACCAUCAAGGCCUUCAAGGACAAGCAGAUCCACCCGGGUUUCGGGGG